CGCGCGCAGAGCUGCGACGGGGAUGAAGACGCACGCGGACUCUCGUAGUGUUGACUUCAUGCCGCUGCAAAACAGAGCCUCCAAUGGAAUGCCCAUGUCAGCGAAACCACAUAACAUGGACUACUCGCCAGGCGUUCUGAAAGGUAACGACUUCGCAGACGGCCAAUCGAACUGUGAUGCGGCAAAGGCGGCCGCCGCUCGGCGCCGUCUCUCCCUCUGCGUGGCUGCCGCCUACCUCGCCACGAUGUCAGCGGGUCUCAUAUGUGCCUAUUCAUCGCCAGCGCUGCCACACAUCCGGCAGCGGUUCGGCCUCACCGAGGUUGAGGCCACGUGGUUCGGGUCCCUCGUACUGCCCGGUGCAGUGCUGGGAGGUCUCAUCGGAGGUCAACUAGUAAACUUAAUGGGGCGCCGGAAGACCAUGGUCACAGUCGCCGUGUGGUUCGUGUCCGGCUGGAUAUGCAUCAUUCUGGCACCGUCUACGCCAUGGCUCUUUGUCGGCCGUUUUCUCACCGGCGGCGGCAUGGGCACAGCGGCGCCGGCUACUUCGGUGUACCUGUCGGAAGUGUCCCCGGCACACCUGCGAGGCCUGCUCAACACGGGUUGCAACCUGCUCAUGGCCGUGGGAAUUCUGAUGGGCUACGUGAUGGGCAAGUGGCUCUAUUACACGUGGCUCGCCGUAGCCUGCCUCGUGCCAGCACUCCUAUCGGGCGCGGCAUUCGCCCUCUACGUUCAGGAGUCUCCUCGAUGGCUCGUCUUAAAGGGUCGUCGCGGUCAGGCUCUCGAAACGCUGAAGUUCUACAGGGGCCCACUCAUCGGCGUAGCGUUCAGCUCACUGGAGCGCAGCGUUGUCGACAUACCGGGUCUCACGUUGGCCGAGAUGCGGAAACCACACAUGUACAAACCAUUCUUGUACUCCCUUCUGCCCAUGUUCAUGCAGCAAGCUGGCGCCAUCAACGUCGUGCUCUUUUACGCCAAAGACAUCUUCGACGAGGCCGGGACAUCCUUGGAGUCCGACAACUGCUCCAUCAUCCUGGGAGGCGUUACCGCGGUAACAUUCUUCGUGGCCACCAUCCUCGUCGACAGAGCUGGACGCAAGGCACUCUUGAUAGCGUCGUCGGUGAUCACCAUGAUCGGUCUUGGACUCCUUGGCCUGUACUUCCACCUGAAGGAGAUGAACGGCGAAAAAUUUUCCAAGCAGUACGGCUGGUUUCCGCUUCUCGCCAUCGGCCUGUACGCCGUGGGACAUUCGUUAGGGCUGGGCCCGCUGCCGUUCGUGCUUCUUGGGGAAAUGAUCCCGCUCAGAGCUAAAGGUGUGGCUUCCAGCAUAUGCACGGCAUUCCUGUUCGCGACCGGGUUUCUGGUGGUCAAGGAGCACUUCGACAUUCAGUACCUUCUAGGAGCAGCCGGCGCGUACUGGCUCUACGGUGCACUGGUCCUGGUUGCGUUCGUGCCCUUUGUCGUGUUUGUGCCAGAGACAAAGGGGAAGAGUCUCGAGGAGAUAGAAAAGCUUUUCUGUGGCAGCGGCUCGGAGCCGGCAGUUUCCUUGAAAGAAGCGGAUGAUGUACAACUGAGAAGAGCCUAG